AUGUCUGGUGGGCCGGAAAAACACGAUUUUAAAAUCAGUGAUAGCAGCAGAAAACUUAAACAGUCGGAGAUUGAUUUUAUGAGAUUGAUCGAAAAGCAGAACCUCCAACGAGUGGAAAAGUUACAGCGCAUGAGACGGAAUAACAAGAUAACCGCUUUCACUCUGGGUGGUGCUGUGCUUGGAAUUUAUCUGUAUUCCAUGCUAUCUGUGAAACAGGAAAAAUUCUUAGAUGAUUUUGAAGAACCACUGAAAGUUGAAAUACCGGAAAAGCAAUAG